CGGGGCGGGAAUCUGCGGGCGCCGAGGGAGCCCCGGGACCACCCCCGGCAGCGCGGGAUGGGCGACAGCGACCGCGGAUUUUUCAUUCCUAGGACGUGUGUGAAUGGAGCAGGAGGAAAAGCCCUGGAGAUUCCGCACGAGGAGGGGCAGCAAACCCAGCCCAGGGAGCUGCGGGGAGGAAAGAGCCCCCCUGAGCAAGGAAGGCGGCCGGAGAUGCAGCCAGAGCUCAGAGCUGGUGGAGAAGCCCCAUGGCAGAGAGAAGCCCCACAAGUGCUUGGAAUGUGGGAAGGGUUUUAGUCGGAGCUUAGACCUGAUCCAGCACCAGGUGAUCCACACUGGGGAACAGCCCUACGAGUGUGAGGAGUGUGGGAAGCGUUUCAGCUGGAGCUCCAGCCUGAGGCAGCACCAGGUGAUUCACUCUGGGGAGAGGCGCUUUGAGUGUGAGGAGUGUGGGAAGAGCUUCAGCCACAACUCUGUCCUGAUCCAACACCAGAGGAUCCACACUGGGGAAAAGCCCUUUGAAUGUGGGGAAUGUGGGAAGAGCUUCAGGCAGAGGGGGAGCCUGAUGCAACACCAGAUGAUCCACAGCGGGGACCGGCCUUACGAGUGUGGGGAAUGUGGGAUGAGCUUCAGCCAGAAGGGCCACCUUACGCGACACCAGAGGAUCCACACAGGAGGAAAGCCCUAUGAGUGUGGGGAGUGUGGGAAGAGGUUUAGAUACAGCUUUGGCCUGAGGAGACAUGAGAGGAUCCACACUGGGGAAAAGCCCUAUGAGUGUGGGGAGUGUGGGAAGAGCUUCAGCAUGAAAUGCAAGCUGACGGAACACCAGAAGAUCCACUCUGGGGAAAAGCCCUACAAGUGUGGGGAAUGUGGGAGGAGCUUCAGAGAAAGCUGGGCCCUGAUUCGGCACCAGGUGAUCCACACGGGGGAACGGCCCUACACCUGCUUGGAAUGUGGGAAGAGCUAUGGGUGGCACACUGACCUGAGAAAACACCACCAGCGUGUUCACUCUGGGGAGAAGCCUUACAAGUGUCCCCAAUGUGGGAGGAGGUUUCACAGGAGCUCCGAUCUCCUCAUACAUGAGCGGAGUCACAGGGAGGAGAGGCCCUUCCGCUGCCCCGACUGUGGGAAAGGCUUCAAGCUAAACUCCCACCUCACCCUGCACCGGCGCAUCCACACGGGGGAGAGGCCCUACGAAUGUGGGGAGUGUGGGAUGAGAUUCUCAUCGAGCUCAAUCUUGACAAAACAUCAACGAAGGCGCCACUAAGGGAAGCCCUGUGAGUGGCCUGAGUGUGGGAAGAGCUUCGUGUGCUGCUCCAGCUCCAUCCCCCAUGAGAGGAUCCACGUUGGAUGAUCCCCAGUGACCCCUGUUGGGCAGAGCCCUGGUGAUCUGUGGUCCUGAUGAUCCAAGUUGGAAGGCAUCUGUCUGGGGGGCUCCACAUCUUCCUGGUUCCCUGAGGGUACCUAGAUAAGCCCAGCAGCAGGAACAUCCAUCAGGAUGCAGACCUAUAAUGGGAAUUCCAUGGGGAGAGCAGAUUUGUCGACUUUCAACCCCAUAAAAUCUUUUGCAUUCAAUUCUAUCUUCCUGUGACAUCAAGGAGUAUUGAAUGGUCUUGGAGGUAUAUUCUGGGUUACUGUUUGGUGCUUGUAUCCCCAGUCUGUUCUGUUUAUGCUGAAUAAUAAGUUUUGCACCUUCAAGACUUGUCCUGAGAGUGAAGGGGGAGAGAAGAAGCACGGAGUUUGUUUCCAGAAACCGCACUCACUCCUCCACAUUCGUGUUCCUGCACUGUGUUGUCUGCGGAUGGACAGACAGUGGGACAGAGC